AUGCCAAAACGGAAAUAUGGCGAAAAUGCAAAAAUGGCAAAAACGGAAAUAUGGCAAAAACGUAAAUAUGGCAAAGACGCAAAUAUGGGAAAAACGCAAAUAUGGGAAAAACGCAAAUUUGGGAAAGACGACAAUAUGGGAAAAACGCAAAUAUGCGAAAAACGCAAAUAUGGGAAAAAUGCAAAAAUGGGAGAAGAUAAACUUGUGAAACGCAAAUAUGGGAAAACGCAAAUAUGGGAAAAACGCAAAUAUGGGACAAACGCAAAUAUGAGAAAAACGCAAAUAUGGAAAAAAUGCAAAUAUGGGAAACACGCAAAUAUGGAAAAAACGCAAAUGUGGGAAAAACACAAAUAUGGGAAAAACGCAAAUAUGGGAAAAACGCAAAUAUGGGAAAAACGCAAAUAUGGGAUAACGCAAAUAUGGGAAAUAUGCAAAUAUGAAAAAAAUGCAAAUAUGGGAAAAACGCAAAUAUGGGAAAAACGCAAAUAUGGCAAGAACGCAAAUAUUGCAAGUACGCAAAUUUGGUAA